AUGGCCUACAGAUACAUUCGGCUUGAACAAGAGGAAUCAGAGGAAUCAGUGGAAUCAGUGGAACCAGAGGAAUCAGUGGAAUCAGUGGAAUCCGAGCUCAGGAUUGUGCUUCUUGGGAAAACUGGAGCUGGGAAGAGUGCUUCAGGAAACACCAUCCUAGGAAAUAAAGUUUUUAACUCUACAGCAUCUCCAAACUCUGUAACAACACAGUGUCAGAAGGAAACAGGUCUGUUUGAAGGUCAAAGGCUGUCUGUAGUUGAUACUCCAGGUCUGUUUGACACCAACGUGACUGACGAGGAAAGCAGGAAAGAGAUCAAUAGAUCGUUCAACUUUUCUAAUCCUGGUCCUCAUGUGUUCCUGAUUGUGAUCCAGCCAAACAGAUUUACAAAAGAAGAAAAGAAAACAGUGAGAAUCAUUCACGAGAUGUUUGGUGAAAAGGCAACACAUUACACCAUGGCCUUGUUCACUUAUGGAGACAAUCUAAAGGAUGAUCGAGUCACCAUAAAUAAAUUCAUCAAUGAAAAUUCAGCACUAAGAUACUUCAUCAAUCAGUGUAAAGGAGGAUAUCAUCUUUUUAACAACAAAGACGACGAUCCCUCUCAGGUCAGAGAGCUGCUGGAGAAGAUCAACACAAUGGUUGAAAGAAAUGAAGGAAAAUACUACAAACAAGAGGAAUCAGAGGAAUCCGAGCUCAGGAUUGUGCUUCUUGGGAAAACUGGAGCUGGGAAGAGUGCUUCAGGAAACACCAUCCUAGGAGAUAAUUUUUUUAACUCUACAGCAUCUCCAAACUGUGUAACAACACAGUGUCAGAAGGAAACAGGUCUGUUUGAAGGUCAAAGGCUGUCUGUAGUUGAUACUCCAGGUCUGUUUGACACCAACGUGACUGACGAGAAAAGCAGGAAAGAGAUCAAUAGAUCGUUCGACUUUUCUGAUCCUGGUCCUCAUGUGUUCCUGAUUGUGAUCCAGCCAAACAGAUUUACAAAAGAAGAAAAGAAAACAGUGAGAAUCAUUCACGAGAUGUUUGGUGAAAAGGCAACACAUUACACCAUGGCCUUGUUCACUUAUGGAGACAAUCUAAAGGAUGAUCGAGUCACCAUAAAUAAAUUAAUUACUGAAAAUUCAGCACUCAGAAACUUCAUCAAUCAGUGUAAAGGAGGAUAUCAUCUUUUUAACAACAAAGACGACGAUCCCUCUCAGGUCAGAGAGCUGCUGCUGAAGAUCAAUAAAAUGGUUCUGAGAAAUGGAGGAAGCUGCUACACCAGUGACAUGUUUGAAAAAGCUAAGAGAGCAGCAAGAAAAGCAGAAGCCGACUUCAGGAUUGUUGUUGUUGGGAAAACUGGAGUUGGAAAGAGUGCAUCAGGAAACACCAUCUUAGGGGGAAAUGUUUUCAAAAGUGCAUCAUCUCCUUCUGUAACUUCAGAGUGUCAGAAGGAAACGGCUCAGUUUGAUUUUCAGACAGUGGCUGUAGUUAAUACUCCAGAUCUGUUUGAAUUAACUGAAGAGGAGGCGAAGAAAGAGCUCACCAGAUGCAUCUGUUUUACAGCUCCUGGUCCUCAUGUUUUCUUGAUUGUGAUCCAGGCCCACAGUUUCAAAAAACAAGAUCAGAAAACAGUGAAUAUCAUUCAGGAGGCAUUUGGAAAAAAGGCAGCACGUCACACUUUGGCUUUGUUUACCCAUCAAAAUGAUCUGGAGGAACGUGAAGCUGACAUAGAAGAACUGAUUCAAAAAGAUCCAGCUCUUCAUAAGUUCAUCAGGCAGUGUGGGGGAGGAUAUCAUGUUUUUAACAACAGAAAGAAUGAUCCCAAUCAGGUCAGAGAGCUGCUGGAGAAGAUCAACACAAUGGUUGAAAGAAAUGGAGGAAAAUACUACAGUAAUGAAACAAUUGAAGAAGCCGAGAAAGCCAUAAAAGAAGAAAUGGAACAACUUCAAAAUAAACAUCCACAGAUGACAGACAAAGAAGCAAGACACAGAGCAGAAAGAAAGAACGGGUUUACUUGGCCCAAGCACAAAGGUAGAGGCUUUUCUAGACUUGCUGCUGGAUUUGGAACUGUGGUUGGAGUUGCUGCUGGAGUUGGUGUUGGAAUCGGUAUUGAACUUGCUGUUGCAGGUGCAAUUGGAUUAAUAGGGGGUCCAGUGGGAGCUGCAGUGGGUGUUGUAGUUGCAGCUUCAGCUAUUGGUAUAACUGCAUUGGUGAGAAGGAACAAACACAAAACAGAGUGAGAUUCACUGUUAAAGUCAUUUAGCUACAGCUCAGCAAGGUCACAUUAAUAUGAUAUGUUACAGUUUAAUCUAUUUUUAAUGUGUGUGUUUUAGAUUAUGUACCAUCUUUACUAAAAGUAGGUUUUAUAUCCAGUUUACAGCAUAUUAAUUCAUCUCCAUUAAUUACUUAUUAUUGGGGCAUGGUUUAACUCUUUUGGACCUUUCAAAUUUUGUAAAAUGUGUAUUGAAGCUUUUGGAGUCUGCAGAGUCACAGAGAUUGAUUUUUUUUUUUCUUUUUUGUACAACAAAACAUGAACAUUAUUAAUGAAAGUUUUUUUCUUGUGCUGUCAGAGGAGGAGAAUCAGUGUUAGUCAAAUUAUGAUGAAAUUAAA